ACAGAAUGGGAAGGUUGUACAUUUGAACAGCUUUUCCACUGCUUUUGCAUUCAAUGAUGCGGCUCUCAGAACCAAUUCUGGACAUGGAAAUGGCAAACUACAGUGAAGUUUUAGAUCCAACCUAUACAGCACUGGAGUUCGAAACUAUGCAGAUUCUCUAUAAUGGCAAUGACAGUUCAGGAGAAGCUGCCAACAUGAAUGCUGCUGACAACGGGGUCAGUAGUCUCUGUGCAAUAUGUGGAGACCGAGCGACCGGAAAACAUUAUGGUGCUUCCAGCUGCGAUGGAUGCAAGGGGUUUUUCAGACGUAGCAUAAGGAAAAACCACGUCUAUUCAUGCAGAUUCAACCGACAAUGUAUUGUUGACAAGGACAAAAGGAAUCAAUGCAGAUAUUGUCGUUUAAAAAAGUGUUUUCGAGCAGGAAUGAAAAAGGAAGCUGUACAAAACGAACGGGACAGGAUAAGUACGAGAAGAAACACUUUUGAUGGCUGCAACAGUCCCUCCAUUAGCACAUUGUCACAAGCUGAGGCACUCUCCCGCCAGAUCUCAAUCUCCAGUCCUGGUUCUAGCACUGAUAUAAAUGUUAAGAAAAUUGCUGGUGUCAGUGAUGUCUGUGAAUCUAUGAAGCAGCAACUUUUAGUACUGGUGGAAUGGGCUAAAUAUAUUCCAGGCUUCUGUGAACUACCACUUGAUGACCAGGUUGCCCUGCUAAGAGCACAUGCUGGGGAGCACCUGUUGCUUGGAGCAGCAAAACGGUCCAUGGCAUAUAAGGACAUUUUACUUUUAGGCAACAAUUACAUAAUUCAUCGCAACAGCACUGAAAUAGAGAUCUGCCGAGUGGCAAAUCGGAUUCUGGAUGAAUUAGUUCGUCCCUUCCAGGAAAUUCAAAUAGAUGACAAUGAAUACGCUUGCUUGAAAGCAAUUGUGUUUUUUGAUCCAGAUGCAAAGGGCUUGAGUAAUCCAAUGAAGAUUAAGAAUAUGCGAUUCCAAGUCCAGAUCAGUUUAGAGGAUUACAUUAAUGACCGUCAGUACGACUCCAGAGGAAGAUUUGGAGAACUUCUUCUUCUACUGCCUACACUCCAAAGCAUCACUUGGCAAAUGAUUGAGCAGAUACAAUUGGUUAAAUUAUUUGGAAUUGUUAAAAUUGACAGUUUGCUUCAGGAAAUGUUACUGGGAGGUACUUCUAAUGAUGCUACUCAUCUGCAUCACCCAAUGCAUCCUCACUUAGCCCAAGAUCCAUUAACUGGCCAAACUGUCCUCAUAAGUUCAAUGUCUGCUCCUGUACAUACAGAACAGAUACAAACUCCAGAAACUCCAUUACCUUCCCCUCCACAAGGCUCUGGACAAGAAUACAAAAUGUCUGCAAAUCAGGCUUCAGUCAUUGCACAGCAAUCAAUUUUGAAACAAAAACCAUUGUGAUAACAUUUUUAUCUCUGUCUCUGUCUUUUCCUUCCUUCCCCUCCUUUUCAUGCACUAGAUAGAUUGGUAUAACACUUGCACAUUUAAAAUCUCAGGUUGAUAAAGGAAAUUAUUUCCUCAGCAGCCACUACUAAGUGGGUGUUCCUUAAAACACCUCAUGAUUUGGAAAGUAGUGCUGUUCUGACUACUGCAUACUGCUGUAACUGUGGAUGCUGCAGUCUGACAAAUAUGUAUAGAAGUAGAUAUUGUUUUUACAUCUUAUAAAUGCACAGAUUCAUGUUUUUAUUUCCUGUUUUAGUUGUUGUCUUAAUAUUUUUGUUUUAGAUGUAUAUAUAAUUUUUUCAUCAUAAUGGAACUGGUUAGUGCUUGUUUAGCUGUGAAUUGUAGGCAUGAAAAAGUGGGUUAUUCAGGCAAAAGCCAAGAUUCUGCUAAUAGCAGAACAUUAGGCUACCAAAAAAGUACAUGAAUCGAAAAAAAAAUAAAGGAAAAUAUACUUAAUGGACAGAAAAACUCAGCUAUUUAAAAAAAAAAUUAUUUGAAAGGACCAUCUCUUUCAAGUAAAAUUUCAAAAAAAGCAUUGAAUCCUCCCUGCUUAACAGUUUGUGUGAAGCAGAAGGCCGGCCUGGGUGAAUAUGCUUGAGGACUUCUUAAAAUCUAUAUAUGAAACAUAUAUAGAUAUUAUGUCUAUAUGUAGUCAGUUGGCCAUGCUGAAGCAUUGAUAUUGAUAAAUACUUAGAACAAGGACUGGUAGGCUUUUUGGUCUGGAUUAACUAGUACUUUCCCAAAAAGCUAUGGGCAAGCUCUGGGAAUUAGGCCAGUCUAGGGACACUUUUAAGAGCCCUUUGGGCACAGCCCUUCUCUUUAAGGGUACAGAGUAUCACAGAACCCCAGAAUAAGCUGAGUUGGAAGGGAUCCAUAAAGGUCAUCAAGUCCAGCUCCUGGCUUUGCACAGCA